AUGCAAGAAACUAGUUCAUCCUAUCGUCGCUUAAAAUUUAUGGGAACACAAAAUGAAUCGUCGGUGAAUAAAAUUCUCGUAUGUGAUGAUAACCAACGUCUUGAUCACAUCGUGCAUAUAUUUGCCGAAAAGCAGAUGGCUAGAAAACGAUAUGAAACAAACGCUUGGCAUUCAUAUUUUCGACGUAUUACUAAUAAUAUGAUUGUAUUCUAUCAAAAUAAUGCUGCUCUAUUUUAUGAUGACAUUCAAUACGAUACUGAACAAUUAGAAUUAACCAGUAGUACUUUCAUUCACGGUGAUCUACAUGUUGGCCAAUUUCUAUACCAUCUCAGUGAUGUAAGUCAUGAGCGCGUAUUCAAAGUACAAAGAUACACCAAGACAGCAGCUCCAUUCACAUGGGAUCUCAAACGUUUAGCAACUAAUCUUGCACUUAUUGCCUACUGUCACGGUUUUAGUGACAUGGAAAUGAUCGAAAUACUUGAAAUGUUUAUUCGACAAUAUAUCAAGAAAGUGCUAUCAUGGAACAAAAAAAGUUUAAGAAGUCAGCAAUCUAGUGACGACGAUCAAAUUUGCCACAUGAAACCAUGGAAACUUCAAAAGAAAUAUUCAGUCAUCGGAUUAUUAGAAGUUCAACAGCAGUUGUACGAUAUCGACUGGCAAUCGAUCGAUACUGUUAAGAGUUUGAUGACACUUGCCCAACAGCUGGCUAUUGCUACUGCGCAUCUACACUGCCAACCACCGAUUACCAUUUCUUCGUUGAAAAAUUCGACAAAUUUAGCUAUGGACAAUACUGCCGAUCAUUGUACCCAAACGCUGCAAAUGGCUCUUUCUUCAAAGGUGCUACAACAAAAAUUGAUCGAUGAAAUUUGUUACUUUGCAAUAAUUUAUGCCGAGAUUGUCGAACGUGAUCAUCGCCUUUUCUUCAAAAACUUUCGCAACGAAACAAAAUUCCAAUGUGUGAAUACUAUCAAAAAUUUCAAAAUACCACGCCCAUUAGCGAAUGUUCGUCGAGAGACUGUAUUGAUUGUUGGUGGCGGCAUUGGUGGUAUGGCGACAGCUCUCGCUUUUGCUCAAGCGGGAAUAAGAGUGAGAUUGCUGGAGAAAAAUCUUGAAUUUGCAGAAGUUGGUGCAGGUAUGCAGUUAGCACCGAACUGUAGCCGUAUACUUGAUCGGCUUGGCAUUUUAAAGCAUGUGCAAGCUAAUGCUGUUUUUCCGAAACAAAUUGUAUGGAUGGAUGCUGUAUCUGGUGAGCGUCUCACUUGCAUUGAUUUAGGUGACAAAUUUGUUGAAGAUUUUGGCUAUCCAUAUAUUGUUGUACAUCGAGCUGAUCUUCUAUAUGCUCUUUAUCAAGCGUGUUUAGCAAGUUACAUGGUAACAAUGGAAACAAAUCGUACGGUGAUAAGUGUAGAUGAACGACCCGAGUCGAUGAUGGUCGAAUGUGCAGAUGGAAUGCGUUACGAUUGUGGUAUGGUGGUUGCAGCUGAUGGUCUCUGGUCAUCAUUGCGAAAAUUUGUCUGUGACGAUGGAGCCCCACUUAGUGUUGGUUAUGUUACUUAUCGAGGUACAGUAGAAAUCGACCAAGUUUCAAAAGAAGCUGGCCUUGAAAAUGUUCAAUUUUGGAUCGGACCCGACAUGCAUCUCGUGCAGUAUCCUAUUCGACGAGGCGAACUAUUCAAUCAAGCAGCAGUGUUCAAAUCAAGUCGAUUACCGGAUGAAACAGAUGAAUGGGGAACCAAGCAAGAACUCAAUGAACGAUUCAACAUCGGAUGUCAACAUGUAUUAAAUGCUUUGAAUUUAAUUCAGACCAAUUUUCGAUGGCCCGUCUACGAUCGCAAUCCAUUAUUGAAAUGGAGUCGUGGUCGACUAGUGUUACUGGGUGAUGCAGCUCACCCAAUGUUACAAUAUGCUGCACAAGGUGCUGCCCAAGCAUUAGAAGAUGCUUAUGCACUUGUUGCUGCCUACAAGAAACAUGGUCAAUCAAAGAUUCAUGCUGUAUUUCAUGAAUACGAAAAAGAAAGAAUAGCUCGCUCAUCAAAAGUUGUUCAAUUUGCACGUGAUAUUGGCACAUUUGCACAUCAAAAUGGCGUGGCAAAGAUAGCUCGCGAUGCUGUAUUGCGUUCACAUGACAUGAACAAUUUUGACUCUCUCAAAUGGUUGUAUGCAGAGAAACAGAAUCAAGACGAAUAA